CUCUCCCACCCCACAUUAACCGGAUCAUGUGACUCCGGUAAGUCAUUUGCAAGUACAACAGUCUUCUGUGCGCCCCCAUUCAUUUCCUGCAGGCAGCAGCUGAGAGAGAAGAGACUGUAUAAGGGAAGGAAAUAUUUCUCCUCUGCAACCUUUUACCAGGUGCUGCUUGGUCUGCUGAGCAUUUGACAGUGAGAACUAUCACAGAUUCAGCCAGAUUCUGAUGGUCGGACGCCUUUGAAAACAUAAUGUUAAUGCUCGACGGGAUGCCGGCAGGAAGAGUCAAGCCUGAGAUCCUAGACUCCAAGAGGGGGUCUCCGCAAGCCCCUAACUUUUCAGAUAUGGAAGCUGUACCUAUUUUGCUUAACAAUGUGAAAGCUGGGCCUCCAGAGGUCUUACUAUCCACUGAUCAAUAUCAAACACAAACUGAGCCAGUGGACUUGUCCAUUAACAAAGCCCGGACAUCACCAACAUCUGUAUCAUCGUCACGUUCCUCUCCCAGCUCAGUGGCAAUAACCUCAAUCCCUCCAAUAUCCUCUUGUGCUCCUCGAUUGACUUCAUCCCCAACUGUGAUAACCUCAGUGACUUCAUCGACAGGCAUGUCUACAGUAUUAGCGCCGGGCUCCGUUGUGACAUCUUCGCCAGGUGUCGGGGGCCAACAGUACUUGCACAUAAUCCACCCGAUGCCACCUUCAAAUGCAAUGAAUUUUCCGUCCAACAAACUGCACCGCAUUCCAGUGGUUGUACAAUCUGUUCCUGUGGUAUACACAGCCAUGAGGUCGCAGAGGAAUUCGACCAUCGUACUCCCAAUGCUGGAGGAUGGGCGGACUCAAAUGAAAGUGGAUGCUCAGCAGUGCAUCAUGAAAAAGCCCUUCAGUCUACAGCCACACAGUAUUGUUCCACACAACCAUACCUGGCACCAUACUGUCAUUGAGAGAGAGAUAGCACAACUGAGGAGCCUAUCACCUGGACGCAUCAAAAGUGACAGUGAGGAUGAUGACCUUCCAAAUGUGACGUUGGACAGUGUUAAUGAAACUGGAUCCACAGCACUUUCCAUUGCAAGAGCUGUACAAGAUUCAGAUUCCCCUUUCAGUAUCGAAGGUACAAGACGUCAGCGAAGAUCGGAGUCCCCAGACUCAAAGAAACGUCGCAUUCACAGGUGUGACUUUGAGGGCUGCAAUAAAGUGUACACAAAAAGCUCUCAUUUGAAAGCACAUAGGAGGACACAUACAGGUGAAAAACCAUACAAAUGCACGUGGGAAGGCUGCACAUGGAAAUUUGCCCGUUCUGACGAGCUGACGAGGCAUUAUCGCAAGCAUACAGGGGUAAAACCCUUCAAGUGCGCAGACUGUGACCGUAGUUUCUCCCGCUCAGAUCACCUGGCACUGCAUCGUAGAAGACACAUGCUUGUUUAAAAAGAUGUUUUGAAGAACAGUGGGGAAUUCAGAGCAGGAUCUCUUCCAGACCCCAGGAUUCAGCUGGGCUGAAUUAUCAAAAUGCAUUGAUCGAGGACACCUCUAAUUGUCCAACAGAGAAAAAAAAAGUGGAGAGCACGCUAAUCUUUCUUGUUGCUGAUAGUCGAAACUCACCAUCAGUGGUUUGGUCAUUUGGGUUAUGUUAGCUUGGCCUGUUCUUAUUGUUCAUAGAGUUUCAUGUGUUGGUGCAUUUUCUUUUAAAUAGUUCUCAGAUUUUAAAUCACUUUAUCUUUACUACAAUUCUUCAACUAUUGGAUGCACCCGUAGUAACAGACUGGUAUUUAGUGCUAAAUGUAGUUCAAAUUAGAACUGAAACUAUUGCUUUUGUUUCAAUUUUUUUUAAGUUCCAAAUCUUCAGCCUUAAAAAAUCUUCAAAUUGGAAGAAAAAACUGGCUAAAGACGGUGAUAUUUUCUUCGACCACAUAUGCAAGCCUCAGAAAUUAGUGAACGAUGGAUAAUACAGCUCUAAAAUAAUUCAAUUAGUUAUCUGCAGCAAUAUCACAGAUCAUAACGGCUUGGUUAUUAUUCUGUACAAGAAUUAAUCAAACCUCAUCCUUUAGUUGAAGAAUUAUUUGACUGUGCUGAUCUCUACCAGCUUGCGUAAAUAAUUUGCAGAUUGAUAGAGACAGUAUGGCUCCAGUAACUGGUACACCUCCGCACACUAUAACUUGGUGUUAUAUUUCAUGAGCAUUCUAUCACCACGGAAUGUGCAUUUUUCACAGCAAACAUUUUGUUCCCAUUUUACGUUAAUUUUUCUUGGGGUUGUUUCGUAUAAUGAUGGAGAAACAUAUUAGUUAUUCAUCACAUGCAAAUUAGCAACAUUUUGGGAGAGGCCAAAGGUUCUUUGAAUUAUUAAUUCAAUAAGUAGUCCUUUAGAUUUUCCUUUUAUUUUCAAUUGCCCCCAACAGACUCCCAUAAAUAUCUGAAGCCUUAUAACUUGUUAAUUGUUUCUCUAUUGGAAAAUACCAUGCACCAUUUCCAUGUCACGAAAAUGCAUAUAUUAUAUUGGCCCAAUAACAAUAACAAAGCAAAUUUAACCAUGAAGUAAAGUGUUAUAUUUACAUCUAGGAAUAAUAUUGGAUAGCAUCAUGCAACAAAAUCUAAAAUCCAGGCCUUGGCUGUGGUGAGAAUCUAUGACCAUAUUAGGAAAGUGCUUGUGUGUGAGGUUUAUCAUAUCUUUCCCAACUGUGGAAUUUGAAUCUAGCAAGGUGGCAAAUUUCCCCAUCAAAUGCUCGGCAGCACCGUCCACAAGAUCACGUGAUAUGUGACAUGAACUGUAAAGUGAAAGUAGGAAGAGGUUCAGCAGAUGUCCUGCCAAAGCGAAUAAAAUGAAAUGAACCCAUGAGUAACUAUUGUCUCAGACUACCAGUGAAGUUGUUGAUACAGUUCUACUGAAGAACAGCGAUCACUCUGACGUAUAUGGUGCAAUGCAUUACUGUGAAAAUCAGAAUUGACAGGGAAAUGUCCAACAGUCUGUUGUAAAGAAGUUAAGUUCCACUUUGCUGGAUACAGCAAAUAAUAUUCCUGAUGUUUCAUGACUACAUGAUCACUGUCUUAAUCCUAUAGUCACAUUUAAACUCUUUCACUUUACCUUUGGGGAAAUCACAAUGUUUUCUAUGUGUGUUUAUCCAUAUUUUCUUAACAGGUUCAAAAAUACUUUCUUAAAAAAAUAUAUUAUAAUUACAAUAGAUGACAGUUCACUCCACUCAUCUGCUAUUAAACAGCAAUACGCCCAGGAAAAGGAAAAGGACUAAUGAACAGCUGAGCGCUGUCCAUUGUGAUAUUUGAAGCCUGCCAGUAGCAUCUUCUAACCUGAUUAAUGUGACAUUGUAUUGUAUGAAGGAGGAAAGGUAGAGACAAAGGUGUGUUUCUUCUGAUUACGCUGAUUUCUGUUUGUCUUUUCAAUGAGACGGUGUGUUCAUACAAAUGUGAAAUUGGAAUACCAAUAGUGCAGAAUUUAUACAUAUUGCACAAACUCUCGAUAUUCUUGGAAGUAUUAUCCCCCCCCUCCCCUACAUGCUAGGAAGUAUUCCACAAGAAAGAAACUAGUAUCCUUCAUGGUAAACCUGACAGAAGAACUAGUACAAAAAUACACAAUUCUAAAUAUUUUGGCUCUUUUACUCCAGUUUCUGCAGGUUACCAGUCACCCAUUUGGCGUACAUCAAUUAAAUAUUUUGUUAGUAAUAUUGUAACCCUAGAAAUCAAAAUUUUCCAGUUUUGUGUACUUGAGAACGGUUUGAAUAUAAUGUUUAGGAUGGAGAGAAACGUGAUUGUGAUAAUUUCUUGGUGAUUCUGUCCAAGUUAUGAGAUGCUUCCAAAUACUUCCCAGUGGAAGUUAGGCUUGCAGGCCUGGUGUGACUUCAGUCUCACACAUGCACUGCCAUUCAACGUGUAAAAAUCCUUCUGGAACUUUGAAAGGGGUUGUGGGACCACAUUGUCCUGGAAAUAAAGUUGCUGCUAACUUCCAGUGCACUAGUGUUUCCCAGCAUAGGGCUGGGAGCCCAUUAAAGCAAGCUCCAUACUUACUUUACAUUCUUGGAAGCCCCCUCCACCCCACAAUAUUAAGUUCCUAUCCAACCUUCCUUUCACAGUGAGCCCCAACCUCCCGCCUCCCUGAACCUGAAGUUUCCGACACCUGAACUUCUCCAAGAACCAGAUCCUGGUCACUGUUCCAUCCCAGUCAUCACUUCAAACUCUCCCUAUCCCUAUCACAUGCUCCACAUGCUCAUCAGUUUCACCCCUUCAAGCACCGAAGACCACUAUCGCUCUCCACCCUAAUUCCAACAUUGGCCCACAUGUUUUAAUUCACAGAAAGGAGUAAUGCCCAUUCAGUGAAGGCCUUGAGAGCUACUGAUGAUGAAAAAUGCUUGGGCAGGUGCACUACAAUUUCUCAGUUUGUAUUUUAUUGAAUAGACAUCAGUCUUAAAUCUGAACUCAAUGAUGGAAUAGAAUCUCUGCUAUAUUUGUGAAUCUGGUGCAGCGAAAAAAACCCUCUGUCAUGUGCAUGAAAAUCCAACCUGAUGCAGCAUGCGUUUUGCACGCCAUAUCUGAAAUGUGGCUCAGUUGAAGCAUUAAAACUGAAUUUCCGAAGCAAAAUUCAAUACAUUUACCUCACUUCACUGUUUAGUGUGUGUAAGAGGGGAUGGAUUUUUAUCCCAAAAGGUUAAAGUUGCACCUUAAGGUUCAAGAGAUGAAGGUCUGAUUUCUUGAAGGAUACUGUCCUUAAAAUUACCAGCUCCUUUUGAAGCCACAAAGACACACAAUGUCUUGCACUUUUAAUUAGUCUUGGUUAAUAAAAAGAUUUAUACAGGGAUGAACAUCAAAACUCUCAAAAAAAAAACAUUCUGAUAUUUUACUGAAGUUGUUGGGACAUCUAUUUUAAAUAUAAUGUAUUAUACGUGAGAGUUCAAAGUAUUUUGAGAGUCAUAGUUUUACAUAGGCUGUAAAUAGUUUGGGGUGGGAAAAUAAAUUGGGAGGUGUUUUAGUCCUGAAGUUCACCCAUUGAAUUUUGCAAAUGAAAAAUAUGAAUUAGCCAAUUUAUGGAAAUGGUGGAUUUAUCCUGCAAUAGUUUUUAAACCCCAAUGUUCUCUAAAAAAAAAUCCAAUUUUUGAAUCUUCUGAAGAAGAUAUUUUUGCUGGUCUUUGUACACUAUUUAGUUCAGGCAAUAAGUAUGUGACAUGUUUACUAACAUAUAUGUAAGUGUUGUUCUUGUAUUUAUGUACAAUGUAUGUAUUGUAAAUAUAUUCAGAGCUUUUCAUCUUACUGUAAAAUGAUGGUAUCCCCCAAACAUGUAAAGGGAGUCUCUGUUAAGAAAUUGUGUGGGAGAAUGUUCUGUUUUGCCCUUGUCUCUUCUGAAAGACUUACAUGAAGAAGUGUUUAAUUUUCCACGUUUCCCAAAACUUCCCUGUCAGUGCUUCGCGUUUCUGUAUCCAACUUUCAUAUGAGCUGAGCUGUGAAUUGAAGAAUUAUAGUAUCCAUUUUAAACAUAUGCAUUUGUAAUUACCUGAAUUAUGAAUGGAGGCAUGAAGAUUAAAUAAAGUUGCUUUUGUAUGUAACAAAUCAGUUAACUCUUGGAAGAUUGCAGGAGCUUGGAAGAUUUGUGCUGAAUUAGACAUACAUAUGUACAGUUUGGAAGCACGUUGUAUAUUCAGCAGACAAAAGGACAAAAACAAACUGAAUAAGUAGAUUUUUGCCUGUUUCGUUCCAACAGGGAGAAUAACUAAGCAGCGAUCUGCUCUUUAAAUGGCAUUAUUGCUCAUGAAGGAUACAAUACAUUGUUUCUACAGCAGGAAAAACAUUUGAAGCCUAGAUGGAGCCUUCUUCACUUUAGACUUUAGAGAUAGAGCAUGGAAACAGGCCCUCCGGCUCAUGGAGUCGGCACUAACCAGCUAUCACCCCGUACACCAGCGCUAUCCUACACACCAGGGGCAAUUUACAAUUUACAGAAGUUAAUUAACCUACAAACCUGUACGUCUUUGGAAUGUGGGAGGAAACUGGAGCACCUGGAGAAAACCCACGCAGUCCUAGGGAUAAUGUACAACACCCGUAGUCAGGAUCGAACCGGCAUUUUAAGGCAGCAACUCUACCACUGUACCAUCCUUGGAAAGGAUCAAAUUUGCUGAAAAGAAUAGCAUUGCUGGUAAUAAUUCAGGGCGCAUGUCUAUAUUUUGCUCCAUGUUUGUGAACUAUGGCAAAGGGCAAGUUUUUUGGAUGAACAGCAUUCUACGUAAUGCAAAUCUCUAAUGAACUUAAAUUAAGGUAAUCAAUUCUAAUAAUUCAUGUAUUUGUAUUAAUGAACCCAACAUUAGAAGAGGAAGUUACAAUGUCUCAAAGCACAACAGUGAAGUUGGAACUAUUUAUAAGCAUGCCCAUAUGUACAAGUAAGGUUGCAUUCUAGAAAGUACUCUUGGAUACCUGCAGUUCUACAGAAAGGUUUGUAAUGUGUGUUCAGUUCCGAGUCUGCUUUUACACUAGAUGGAAUGCCGGCUCUUUGCAUUUUGGAUCUGAUCCAUAAUUAUAUUUAAAUAUUUGUAAUUAUAAAAUGUCUGAUAAUACCCCACUGUGUUUGUGUAUACUAUGCAAACUAAAUUUGUCAAAUGAUUGCUGUGAAGGUAAUUGCAGGAAAUUAUAUAUUCUGCCUCAUAAAUAUUGAUAAUGUUUCUUUGCUGCUAAGUUCAUACUAAUUUACGUAUGUGUUACUCCAAUGAUCUGUGGUCAGGUAGAAGCAAUCAGACAACAAAGAACAAACUUGCACUAAUGCAACUUCCCUUUUCAACUUCAGGAUGCUCCAUGUAACUUCUGAAUACUUUAAAUCCGUUUUGAAGAUUUGUCAACUCCACAUUGUAGUGGACAACGUCUACAGCUAGGAAGUCCCAUAGAAGACCCUACACAUUCUUACAUACCAGUUUAGAAGCAGAGGAUCAAACUCUGGCCUUGCAUACCCUCAAUUCAGGUAUCGAGGACUCACCAAGGCUGAGGUACCAGUCGCCAUUGCCAAAAGGCCCAUGGAAUGACCAGUGAGGUUUUUGACAAAAGGUAAAGCUGGUGAGCAGACCCUUGCCUUCCUUCAAAGCUGCCAAGCACUUUAACAGUUUUAAAAUGUCAAGGACUGAGAAUGAUGCAGCACAAAACAUGCCUUUCAGCACUCUAAGUCCACACUGACCGUCAAGCAUUCUUUUUUUUUACACUAAUCCUACCCUAAUCCAUUUUGUUAGGCUUGAGACUUUACGAUGUGGAAACAGGCCCUUCGAUGCACCAUCCACGCCGACCAGCAAUCACCCCAUGCAUCAGCGCUCUCCUACACACUGGGGACAAUUUACAGAAGCCAAUUGACCUACAAACCUGUACGUCUGGAGUGUGGGAGGAAACCGGAGCACCUGGAGAAAACACAUGCGGUCACAGAGAGAAUGUGCAAACUCCGCACAGAUAGCACAGUCAGGAUCGAGCCCAGGUUUCUGCCGUGGUAUGGUAGCAACUCUACAAACUGCUAACCACUGUGUUCUCCCCAUAUUUCUAUCAACUUCGUCCCUAAUUCUACCAGUCAUCUACUCAUGCAAGGCAGUUUCCAGUGGCCAAUUAAUCUACCGAAGUGCAUAUAUUUGAGAUGUGGUUGAAAACUGGAGCACCCAGAGGUAACCAGCACAAUCUAAUAAAGGGUGCAAACUCCACACAGACAAUAUCCAAGGUCAGAAUCAAAAGCAGACACUGGAGCUGGGAGGCAGCAACUGUACUAGCUGUGCCAUUGUGCCCUCUGACAUUUAGAAGCAUUUUUUAAGAAUUCUUAAAAUUAAUUAUUUUUUAAAUGUUAUUUCAAAAACACAAAACUCAUGAAAAUACAUACACAAAAUAAAAAAACCUUGCCAUUCGCUAUCUAAUGAAUUGAAAACAAUGGAUCUCCAAUUCUGCAUCAAGAUAGAAGGAGACCUGGUUCUAACCUGAACCACUGAUGUCACCCUGCAAGAUUAAUUAUUCCUGCCAUAAGUAGGAAAUACAGCAGCCAACUUGUACCCAAAGCCUUCAAGUUCAGGAAUAUAACAUAUAACAUAUAUGUGGGAAGUAUAAACUCAUACAGCACAGGAACAGGCCUUUCACCCAACUUGUCCAUUCUACCUCAAGAUGCCCCAUCUCAGCUAGUCCCAUUUGCCUGCAUUUGGCCCAUAUCCCACUAAAUCUUUCCUAUUCAUGUAUUUGCCCAAGAGUCUUUUAAAUGCUGUUACAGUACCUGCCUCAGCUAUUUCCUCUUGAAGCUCUUUCCAUAAACCCACCAUCCUCAGAGUGAAAAAGUUGCCCUUCUUAUCUUGAACCUACCUGUAUGUCCUCUGGUUCUUGAUUCUCCUACCUUGGGUAAAAGGUUCUGUGCAUUUAUCCCCUUUGUGACAUUAUAUGUCACCCCUCAACCUCCUGCACUUCAGAAUAAUGAAUGAAUGAAUAAAGUUAUAGCCUGCCCAACCUCUCCACUAUAGAUAAAGUCCCAGGUAUGGGAAAGCACCGGCCAAUAUUUAUGUUUUGCAUUUAUUUAUUUAUGCACCAUAAAUUUGGGAAACGCCAACAAUGUAAGCAAAUGUAAAUCAAAUUCAGUGCUCAAAUUGAUGGUGUAACAGUCUGCAGUGAGAUUUACCUGAACCUUUGCAAUCUGUUUGCCUUCAAGUGUCAUUCUGCCCUCCUAGAGGGAAGUAGAUUAGAAUGCAUGGUGAAUUUAGUGAUGCAAAGCCAUUGAACAAAGUGAAGGAUAUGACAUAACACAAUGCAAUUAUAUAUUUGUAUUAAUAUAUUCAUGUGCUUUAUGUAUUAUGCAGAACAAUGGUACACAGCUUUGGUAUUGAUUGAUGCAGCGUGGCAACAGGCCCUUUGGUCCAACUUACCCACACCGAUCAUUGCUUCUACACUAGUCCCACCUGUGCAUUUGGCCUAUAUAUCCCUCUACACUUGUCCUAUCCAUGUACCUGUAAUUGUUUUUUAAACAUUGCAAUAGAUCCUGCCUCAACUACCUUCUCCGGCAGCUUGUUCCAUAGUCCUACAACCCUUUGUGUGAAAAUGUCACCCCUCAGAUUCCUAUUAAAUCUUUUCCCCCUUCACCUUAAACGUAUGUCCUCUGGCUCUUGAUUUCCUUACUCUGGGCUUCUUCCCGAUGUAUUCCUCUCAGGACUAUGUACCUCUAUAAGAUCACCCCUCAUCCUCUUGUCGUCCAAGGAAUAGAGUCCCAGCCUGCUCACUCUCCCUGAUAGCUUAGACCCUCGAGUCCUGGCAAUAUUUGUUAUGUGGCUGCAGGAACAAUGCGGGAACAAGACUGGAAUGGCCUGUAUGUGCACAUGUUUCUGCCGGAUCUCUUAACGCACUGGAUUUGUGGGUUUCACUGAUACCAAGAAAUAGAUUUUUCAGCACAGUAAAAAAAUAACAGCCACUUCGUCUGAUUUUGUCAACUUGUGAGCUCCAACUGUAAUUUUACUUCGGAGUCACGUGAGUGAUUCUGUGAAGAACCCGUUCAGCACGCAUGCGCGGCAUUACGUCCAGCAGAGCAACAGCGGCACAGCGGGAGUCGGGCUCUCCCGCUAUGGAGGUGAAAGAACGGACUGUCAGGUAAGCUGACGUUGGUUUCCUUCACAGGGAGCCUUCUGCUGUCCGGCAGAGAAGAAAGGCUCUGCAACAAACCUGUCCCCCGCUCGACUCCACGGAGGAGCGUCCAUCUGGGGGGGGGCAG